GAAGCUAUCAAAGAGUAAGAAAUAUAUUAAGAUAACAUAGAUAUGGAGACUUCAUACAGAUUGCUAGUGGUAGUUAUUGCUGCAGUUUUUCUCCGACAAGCAUUUGCGACGAAACAUACUGUCGGAGGAAGCCAAGGUUGGGAUGAAUCCACCGAUUUCGACUCUUGGUCUUCUGCUCAAACCUUCAAAGUUGGAGACGAACUCGAGUUCAAAUAUAGUCCGUUGCACAACGUGGCCGAACUACCUAGUGAAAGCGCGUUCAAGCAAUGCGACGUUAGCGCUGCGUCGAAUUCUUUAAGCGGUGGCGACAGCAAAGUGAAGCUAACCAAGGCCAGUACACGUUACUUUGCGUGCGGUACAUCCGGCCAUUGCGAGCAGGGGAUGAAGGUCAAGAUCACGACCGUGGCGGCCGAUGGCUCGCCUUCGUCUCCCACUGGCAGCUCAACCACUCCGGCAGCGACCACCGGUUCCACCUCCGCCGCCGGGCCACGCCACCAACUCCUUAGCUUCUUUGGCUUGAUGGUGUUCGUCGCGAUAUUCUUCGUGUAGAAAAUACGUAGCUAAUAAGAAGAAUCGACUAUAAUUUUGUUUGCGGUUGUGGUGAAGGUUUUAUUAUUAUCAUCAUCCUUUUAUUAUUUUCGGUUUCCCAGCUAUUAUUGAGUCGGCAUUUAUUUGUAGAACGAUGUAAAUUUUGAUUCUUGAUUAUUAUAUUUCAUAUAAACGAUUGUUGGUAUGUCUAA